AUCGGGAUCGGAAUUUUAAAAUAUAUACCAACUUUGUUGUUGCUAUGUACAAAAUGCAGUCCAAUUAGUGUUUUUUUUUAUAUUUGAAAAAAUCUAAAUAUGUCAAAAACAGUUGGGGUAGCGGAGCACGUAUCAGGAAUACUUCCUGUAGUCCCUGGAAAAUGGAUCUGGAAAGAGGAAACCAAAUCUUUGGAUUUUGUGAGUGCAAAUCCAAUGGCAGAAAGAGACAGAAAAAAAAGAACAAGAGAAGGAAAUAAAUUAAAAGACAGAGUUGCUUCCAGUGUUGCAAGGGGCGGAUUUAGAGACAGAGGUCAAAGUAAAAGAAAUGCCACAAAAUCUCCACAUCCGCCAAUUAAACAGACCACAGAACACUCUACCGUCACACUGGAUGAUGUGAAAGGAGUUGCUUACAGCACAAUAUUUGAUGGAGAAAAUCUGUCGGAAACUUUUGAGGGAAUAUUCCACACGGACCAGUUUGAUAAUUUUCUUCUACAUCUUCUGAGUUAUUUCCAUUGCUUCUUUGAUAAACUCCACCAAGAGCACAAAAUAAACACAACAACUUACAUAGAGCCCAGUAAGUCAGAGAAGGAGGCCUAUGAAGUGGCCUGUGCCAAGCUGAAGGUGGCACACAGACUGCUGGGACAGUCCUAUUGUUUACUUGUGCUGGGUCUGGGGCUGGAAAAUGUGCACCACAUGGCUUGUGGAGGAUCAAGAGUCUCAUCUACUCUGAAGGACAGAAGCAUGUUUGAGACCCUUUACUCCUUCUGUGCUUAUUUCGUGUGGAUUGCAUUUAAAAAGAAAGAAUACGAAAAUGUUAGAAAAGAAAUAGGAAGGUUGCUAAGAUCAGACACAUUUAAUCCUGCGAUUCGGGUAAAAAAUGCACCUGAUGAGAAAGAUCUGAAGGAAAAGAAAGACAAGGAAAACAAAGAGGAGAAGAAAUUGACCCCAGCAGAAUACCGGAGACUGCAUCCAAAAAGACCAGCAAUAAAAUCAAUUAUACAUCAGAGGUCUCCAGCCAUUGUAGCUGUGUUACCAUCUCCUAAAGAGGAGGCCCAUUGGCUGUUCAAGAUGAGAAAUGCUUUGUCACCAAGUGAGUUGGAGAAGAUUGGCAGAGGAGAGGAAGAAGAAGAGGAGGAGGUGUUUGAAGAAGAUCAAAUUUACCUCAAUAAAAAGACAAUCAAGAUCGGAAUAAUUGGUGAGCCACUAGCCAUGUUCAACCUCCAAACACUGUCUCCUCUUGGAGCUGACAAUGAAGAUGAAGAAAAUGAAGAGGAGGGAGAAAAACAGACCCCAGUAGAAGACCAGUCAGGGGAGACAGUACCUCCAGAUGAGCUGAAGCAACGACAGAGGUUGCUUAGCAACAUGUUUUCAAUGUUUGAGCAGAGAGUGAGUCGACAACACACAGCCAUUUCCACAGCCACACUUGAUGCGGAAGAGACAUAGCAACUUAAGGAAAUGUAAACAAAAGGAAUUCUUCAGUGAAAAAAAAAUAAUUAUCUAGAUAUUUUGUUAUAAAGAACACUUGCCAGACAAGGUUUUUAUGUGUUGUAAAUAAAUGUAAGAAAUGUA